AUGUUUCGCGCACUCCUAUCCUCCAGCAGGCCUUUGCUUUCACGUCUUCGGGCGUCCGCCGGUCCUCAUGUGCACAAUCACGCGCAUUUAUUAAUCCCUGCAACCAUGCAGGCGACACCAAUGUUGGCGAGAGGGAUGAAGGUCCGGUCGUCUGUGAAGCGGAUGUGCGAUGGGUGCUCCGUCGUCAAGCGCAAGGGCAGGAUCUACAUCAUAUGUUCUAAGAAUCCGAAGCAUAAGCAGGUAUAUCCCCCGCAGGCUCGUUCUCCGUAA